AUGCAUAAAAUGGCGAAAUCACGAGCAGCUUCCUCUUGCCUCCUCUUCUGUCUCCUUGUCCUGUUUUUGAGUUCCGUUUCAGCAGUCACAGAUGAUCAUAGACAGAUGUAUAUCGUCUACAUGGGUUCACUUCCCUCUCGAGCGGAGUAUACACCAAUGUCUGAUCACUUGAGUAUUCUUCAAGAGGUCACUGGAGAAAGUUCGAUCGAGGGUCGUAUGGUGAGAAGCUACAAGAGGAGUUUCAACGGUUUUGCUGCUCGACUCACUGCAUCAGAACGAGAACGAAUAGCGAAAAUGGAAGGAGUUGUAUCUGUGUUCCCGAAUAAGAAGUUACAACUCCAAACGACUGUGUCUUGGGACUUCAUGGGUUUAAAGGAAGGCAAGGGGACGAAGAGGAACCCGACCGUGGAAAGUGAUACCAUUAUCGGAGUCAUAGACAGUGGGAUCACGCCGGAAUCUCAGAGCUUCUCCGACGUAGGCUUUGGUCCUCCUCCAAAGAAAUGGAAAGGUGUUUGUUCUGGUGGCGAAAACUUCACCUGUAACAAUAAGUUGAUUGGUGCAAGAGACUACACAAGCGAAGGUGCUAGGGACACUAAAGGGCAUGGUACACACACGGCGUCCACUGCGGCUGGAAACGCAGUCGCGGACAGAAGCUUCUUUGGACUCGGCAAUGGAACCGUAAGAGGAGGCGUUCCGGCUUCUAGAAUCGCCGCUUACAAAGUCUGCACCGAGGAAGGGUGUUCCUCGCAAGCUCUCUUGUCUGCGUUCGAUGACGCUAUCGCUGAUGGUGUGGACCUCAUCACCAUCUCUAUUGGGGAUAAAACGGCUCCCAUGUUCGAAACUGAUCCCAUCGCGAUCGGUGCUUUCCACGCUAUGAUGAAAGGGAUUCUCACUGUUGUUGCUGCUGGUAACAACGGUCCGAAAGAUAGAACAGUCUCCUCUGUAGCGCCGUGGCUUUUAACCGUCGCAGCCAGUACCACGAACCGUGGAUUUGUCACCAAAGUUGUUCUCGGAAACGGCAAGACACUUGUCGGGAAAACAGUGAAUGCUUUCGACAUGAAAGGAAAGAAGUACCCAUUGGUGUACGGAAAAUCUGCUACUUCGUCUGCUUGCGACGCAGAAACCGCAGAGCUUUGUCAGCCAGAUUGUCUAGAAGAAUCACUUGUGAAGGGAAAGAUCUUAGUGUGUGGUAGUCCGGGUGGUUUGAAAAUAGUUAAAUCAGUUGGAGCAAUUGCAAUCAUUUACAAAUCCCCUAAGCCAGACGUGGCCUUCGUUCACCCUUUACCUGCUUCUGGUUUACAAGAAAAAGACUUUGAAUCUCUCGUCUCUUACAUUGAGUCCUCAGAUUCUCCACAAGCGGCUGUUCUAAAAACUGAAACAAUCUUCAAUCGAACAUCUCCUCUUAUUGGUUCCUUCUCUUCUCGAGGUCCAAACACCAUCGUUGCUGACAUUCUCAAGCCGGAUAUAACAGCACCGGGAGUGGAGAUCCUCGCUGCAUAUUCACCUGAAGGUGAACCGUCUCAAAAUGACACUAGACAUGUGAAGUACUCUGUUCUCUCUGGAACUUCCAUGUCUUGUCCGCACGUUGCAGGUGUCGCUGCGUAUGUCAAAACUUUUUACCCUAAAUGGUCUCCUUCCAUGAUUCAAUCUGCCAUCAUGACAACCGCUUGGCCGGUAAAUGCUACUGGAACUGGCAUUGCAUCUACUGAGUUUUCAUAUGGAGCUGGACAUGUCAACCCAAUAGCCGCUUUAAAUCCCGGACUCGUCUAUGAACUGGACAAAGCAGACCACAUCGCCUUUCUUUGCGGCUUGAACUACACUUCAAAUAUCCUUAAAAUCAUCUCCGGUGAAAGUGUCGCUUGUUCCGAAGAAAAAGAAAUCUUACCAAGAAACCUCAACUACCCUUCAAUGACGGCUCAAUUGUCAGGAUCUAACAAUUCCUUCACCGUAACUUUCAACAGAACCGUCACCAAUGUUGGUACACCAAACUCUAAAUACAUAUCAAAGGUAGCGGCGGGUCACGGAUCUAAGCUCAGCGUCAAGGUCACGCCUAGUGUUUUGUCUUUUAAGACGGUCAACGAGAAGCAGUCGUUCAAGGUAACUGUUACAGGCAGCGAUCUCGACUCUGAACUGCCUUCGUCUGCGAAUCUAAUCUGGUCUGAUGGGACUCAUAACGUCAGAAGUCCCAUUGUUGUUUACACUGAUGUGCUCUAUGAUGUCUUGGCUUGGUAUAAAAUGGCGAAUCCACCAGCUUUCUUUUGCCUCUUGCCCUGUCUCAUUGUCUUGCUUUUAUGCUCAGUCUCAGCAGUCAGAGAUGAUAAUCAAGACCAACAGGUGUAUGUCGUCUACAUGGGUGCACUGCCGUCUAGCGAGGUCUACACACCAAUGUCCGAUCACAUGAACAUUCUUCAAGGAAUCACCGGAGAGAGUUCCAACGAAGGUCGUUUGCUCCAAACGACGAACUCUUGGGACUUCAUGGGGUUAAAGGGAGGAAAUAAGACGAAUCGGAACCUGGCCAUGGAGAGUGAUACUAUCAUCGGAGUCAUCGACAGUGGGAUCACGCCGGAAUCCAAAAGCUUUUCCGAUAAAGGCUUUGGUCCUCCUCCAAAGAAAUGGAAAGGUCUUUGCUCCGGCGGCAAGAACUUCACCUGCAACAACAAGUUGAUUGGUGCAAGGGACUACACAGGCGAAGGAUCUAGGGACUCUACUGGCCAUGGUACACAUACAGCGUCCACGGUGGCUGGAAACGCUGUCGCGGAUACAAGCUUUUAUGGACUUGGCAAUGGAACCGUGAUAGGUGGAGUUCCGGCCUCAAGAAUUGUCACUUACAAAGUUUGCACUUUGUUAGGGUGUAGCUCCGAUUCGAUUUUGGCUGCGUUUGAUGAUGCGAUUGCGGAUGGUGUUGACAUGAUCAGCAUCUCCGUGGGAAUAGGAUACGCCUCUCCUUUUGAAGAAGACCCGAUCGCUAUCGGGGCUUUUCACGCUACGGCCAAAGGGAUACUCACUGUGCAAUCAGCCGGUAAUAGCGGUCCGGAAGCGCAAACGCUAGAGAGCGUAGCUCCAUGGAUCUUGACGGUUGCCGCCAGCAACACCAACCGUGCAUUUCUCACCAAAAUUGUUCUGGGUGACGGCAAAACACUUGUCGGAAGAUCAGUGAAUACGUUUGAUUUGAAUGGAAAAAAGUAUCCUCUAGUAUACGGAAAAUCUGCUGCCAAUUCGUCUGCUUGCAGCGUGGAAUCGGCAGAGCGAUGUGAAGAAGGGUGUCUUCAAGAAUCCCUCGUGAAAGGAAAAGUGGUGGUGUGCAAUUCCGCGGAUUCACACGAAGCUCUAGUAAAUGGAGCUGUUGCAGGAAUUUCUAUUAACCUAAUUACACAAGACACUGCCCUCGUCACCUCUUUGCCUCUCUCUACUUUAUCACAAGAAGUCUUUAACUCUCUCCUUUCUUACAUUAAGUCCGAAAGUUCUCCGGUAGCUACUAUACUAAGAACUGAGGCAAUCUUUAGUCAGACAUCUCCGGUGGUCGCUUCCUUCUCUGCUCGCGGUCCAAACAUUAUCGCAACUGAUAUUCUCAAGCCGGAUGUAACAGCAGCAGGAGUUGAGAUCCUUGCUUCAUUUUCACCUGAGGCUUCACCGUCCUCAAGUGUGUUUGACACAAGACGUGUCAAGUACUCUGUUCUCUCCGGAACUUCAAUGGCUUGUCCACACGUUACAGGCGUGGCCACGUAUAUCAAGACUUUUCAUCCUAAAUGGUCUCCUUCCAUGAUCAAAUCUGCCAUUAUGACAACCGCUUGGCCGAUGAAUGCUUCUAAAACUGGAUUUGCAUCAACCGAAUUUGCUUAUGGAGCUGGCCAUGUCGACCCGAUAUCUGCAACUAAUCCUGGACUCGUAUAUGACUCGACUACAGCAGACUACAUUGACUUCCUCUGCGGCAUGAAUUACAAUGCAACUACCGUGAAACUCAUAUCCGGCGAAGCCGUCACUUGCGCUGGAAAGACCUUACCUAUGAACCUUAACUAUCCUUCAAUGUCGGCAAAAAUUUCGGGUUCUAAAAGCUUCUUUAACGUGAUUUUUCGCAGAACCGUCACCAACGUGGGUACCCCAAACUCUACAUACAAAUCAAAAGUCGUCUUGAAUCAGGGAUCUAAUCUCAAGGCCAAGACGGUCAACGAGAAGCAAUCGUUCAAGGUAACUGUUACAGGCAGCGAUCUCGACUCUGAACUGCCUUCGUCUGCGAAUCUAAUCUGGUCUGAUGGGACUCAUAACGUCAGAAGUCCCAUUGUUGUUUACACUGAUGGUUACUAAUGAGGCACAUCUUCAGUUCACCAUCGUCAUCAUCAUAAAUAAGUCUUUGUUGUAUUUUGUUUUUAUGUUUCUUUAUUCCAUGCUUUAGUUUUCUUAUGCUCUAUGAUGUCUUGUCUUGGCUUGGUAUGUAUGUUGAUGUAUUAAGGACAUGCAAAUGAGAUAAUCCAGAUAUAUUAAUUGUGUUCUUUUCUUUA